UGACGUCACAGGGGAAGGUACUUAGUACAGAAAAGGCAGUUCAUUUCGUUGUAGGCCACUGGGAUCUGAUCAGGGAGAGCAAAUAGGGGUAGAGGGACAAACAUUAACUCGAGAGGAUAAGCGACAGGACUUGGAAGGUGAAAAAUACCGGCUUCAACCGCCCGAAAUUCAAAGGAAAAGAGCUUCAUAAAACAAACUUCUUUGGACUGAACACAGAAUUUUAACUAUGGCCGCAUUCGAAAUAAAAUCCACUCUGUGCGUCUUAAUACUCAUCGCUCACGGCUUUUCCCAAGGGUUUUUGAUGAGAAGAAGCACAUUGCCAGUGUACUGGGUACCAAAACCAUAUUUAAAAGCCUAUGCCAUUGACGAAAGUUCAACAGAACCGGUCGUAUGUGGGACGGCCAUGAUCGCUUUUAUGUGUGAAAACGUGGACCUACCAGACGGAAAAUACGGCAAAUACAUCAUCCCUGUCUAUUCGAGAAAAUUUAUCUGCGAUUUGAUAGUUGGAGCGAGAGACUUCUUUCCAUGCCUGGAUUCUGAAAACAGCAUCGAUCAGAAUAGGUUUCAAAACUGAUACCUAGCGUCAAUCAUCAUUCGCCUGGCCCUUAGACCAGAUUUCGAUACCAUUUUUAUGGAGAUGUUCUAUGCGGUACGUUUGUAGAUUAUGUAAGCAAUAAACUAUGUCUUAUAUAUCUA